UGUUCAUGCACUAAAGACGAAUGUCUAAAUCUGUGCAUGUCUUUUUUCUCUCUCAAAUACAUUAUAUAGAUAAAUAUUCAAAUUCAAACCAAGUACUAAAAAACAGCAUUCUAGGACUCAUUUGGGAAAACCGAAACAAACAAAUGGAUCAAAUUGAAGAAGAAGAAAAGAAGAAGAUAAUGGAAGGAGUAGCAUCAAUAGCAUUACUUCCAAAUGGUUCAAUCUCAGGACACUUCAUUCAUCUUCCUCAUUCAACCUGUUACGGCCUUCAUGCCUCUGAAUUGGAAUGUGAAAGGGAAUGCAGUAGGGGUGAGGAUUAUCGCCUCAUCAAACUCACAAUCACAGAUUUCAAUACAAAGAAAGAACGGGUCACUGUUGCGGAGUGCAAAGGCCACGAUGCUGCUCGGUUCAAUAGCAUUGAUCACGUUCAUGGGCCACCACCAUUGUCUUGACAGACCGGAGAGUUGAAAUGAAUAACAAUGAAGGGACCAAUAUCCAAACUAUAGGAGUCAAAAUCAAUAUCUGGCAAAACUAGAGAGACUAAUUGUUCAUUAUAACAUAUAUUGUACAUAAAGUGGUCAUCAGGAAUCGUCUGCAUCAGAUUGAGUUUCUUUAUUUGUAUCUAUUUCAUUGUCCCCGUAAUCUGGUUUUCCAAAUUGAAAUCUCUAUGAGGACAUAACUUCUUAAAAAUUGUUAAUUUCUCAUUCAUUUUUACUUCUUUCUUCAUUUUGAUGACCAUUAUUGUCAAUGGCGUGUCCAUUCAUCUUUGAACAGUUGGGAUAAGGAGAUCACGGGUAUGGUUGAACAAAAGGAUGGGAAGAAAAGAAUAUCGGUUUCAUUUGAGUGUGAGACACUGAAAGCG